AUGUCGUGUCUGUGGCUGAGGUGGUUGGGGACCCAAGCGGAGGUGCUGAGAAACUACAGUUUUGGCCACGGGGGAGACGAGGAAAUCCUGGGGUUUGCACAGCAGGAUGAGCUGAGCAGAACGUAUGGGGAAGAGGGAGAGGACCUGGGGGAAGAGGAACGGGGCUCCCCCUGCAGAAAGACUGGGGCUGCCCAACAGAUUGCCAGCCCCAAAAUUACCACCUGGGAGGCAGCUUGGAACGUCACCAAUGCCAUCCAGGGUAUCUUUGUCCUGGGUCUGCCCUACGCCCUCCUGCAGAGCGGGUACCUGGGCUUGCUCCUCCUUGUCCUGGCCGCGGUCCUCUGCAGCUACACGGGCAAGAUCCUGAUUGCCUGCCUGUACGAGGACAGCGAAGACGGGACCCAGGUCCGGGUCAGGAACACCUAUGAGGACAUCGCUAACGCCUGCUGCGCCCACCUGUGUCCCCGCCUGGGCGGGAAGAUCAUCAACGCAGCCCAGGUGGUUGAGCUGAUGAUGACCUGUGUCUUGUACCUGGUCGUCAGCAGCAACCUCGCCUGCCACAGCUUCCCCUUCAUCCCGCUGUCCUCCACGGCCUGGUCGGUGGCCACCUUCCUGACCCUGGUGCCCUGCAUGCUGAUCCGGGACCUGCGGGUGGUCUCCCGGCUCAGCCUCCUCUGCUCCGUGGCCCAGUUCCUCAUCACCGCCAUCGUCAUCGUGUACUGCCUGACCCAGGCCCAGCGCUGGUCCUGGAGGAGGACGCCGCUCCCCGUGGAUUUCGAGAAGCUCCUGGUGUCCGUGGGGGUGAUCAUCUUCAGCUACACCUCUCAGAUCUUCCUCCCCACCCUGGAGGGCAGCAUGGCCGACAGGGCCGGCUUCGCGGGCAUGGUGACCUGGACGCACGCCCUGGCCUGCGUCUUCAAGACCGCCUUCUCCCUGCUGGCCUUCCUCACCUGGGGCGAGGAGACCAAAGAGGUGAUCACCGACAACCUGCCCCCGACCCUCCGCGUGGCGGUGAACCUCUUCCUGCUGGCCAAGGCGCUGCUCUCCUACCCCCUGCCGUUCUACGCGGCCGCCGAGGUGUUGCAGGGCUGCGUGGGGCAGUGCGGGGCGGCGUGGAUCGAGGCGCGGGAGGGCGCGUUGGUCCUACGGGCCGGCCUCCUGCUGCUCACCUUCCUCGCCGCCAUGUACAUGCCCCACUUCUCCCUGCUCAUGGGUUUGACUGGGAGCAUGACGGGGGCCGCCAUGACCUUACUCCUGCCGUCACUCUUCCACCUACAACUCAAGUGGAGGAAAAUGGACACCAAGUUCAAGGCCCUUGACUUUGUGAUCUUAGUUCUAGGGUCCUUAUGUAGCUUGUCUGGUGUCAUUUACUCUGUCAAAGGAAUGAGCAAGGCCUUUGGAGGCAGAUAAACACUCUACUCUAUGUAAAUUUUGUGCAUAAAUGUUUUCCUGAGAAUAGCCAAAAGGUUAAUGACUGGCUAGAUACAAAUAAUUCAUGUAGGAAGGAAACUUUAGAAGUGCUUGAACAUUACGGUUUGACAUGGAACAUUAAAAGAAGUAUGGAAACGAACAAAUGUUUGACAUUGCAUAAUUGCAAUGCUUGAAAUAAUGAGGUUGUCAUAAAUAA